GCAAUCUGCAUCUGAAUGGGAUAGAAUAGAUACGAUGGACGGUUUGGAUCAUUGGACCACAUCUGCGCGCCAGCAAGGCGAAGGGUCCAAAUGAACGCUUUCAUUCGUGUAUUUUACUUUACCGUUUCAAUAGAUAGGCACGAGAGAGAGAGAGAGAGAGAGAGAGAGAGAGAGAGAUGGGGACUUCUACUGGAAGAAUAGCUCCACAUGCAGGCAUGGUAAUCGUUCAGCUCAUCUCAGCCACUUACGUUGUGGUGAGUAGGGUCAUACUCAUAGAAGGAAUCAGCUCUACUGUCUUUCUUGUCUACCAAUUCGCAUUAGCCACAAUCAUAACGGGAUCAAUGGCAUUUAUCUUUGAAAGGGAUAGGCCUCCUCUAUCAAUAUCCAUCUUGGGCUGGAUUUUUAUCCUAGCUUUAACUGGGGUAACAUUGUCACAAAAUCUAUUAUCAGCCUCCCUGUACUACAUCUCCAGUGCAUUAGAGUCCUCUGUUAUCAACAUGGUCCCCGUCUUCAUAUACAUCUUAUCUAUCAUCUCAAGGCAGGAGAAGCUUGAAAUCAACACCUUAUGGGGUAAAGGCAAGCUGUGUGGUACUCUUGUGUCCGUCUCUGGUGCUUUCACUCUCAUGUUAUGGAAAGAGUCGGCUGUUGAUUUGGUCAGCACAACAGGAUGGGGAGAAUGGGCGCUUGGCUUGGCUAUGGUUGUCGUUGGGGUUGUUGCUUUCAGUGCAUGGAUUAUGUUGUUGAGGCCCGUGACAAGACGAUACCCAGCCGAAACUUCCAUGACUGCUAUUAUGUUAUUCUUCGCUAUGUUACAAACGACUGUAGUAGCGGCAAUUUCAAGCCAUAAAGCAUCUCAAUGGCGGCUUAAGUGGGAUUUGGAGCUCGUAAACAUCCUUUAUGGAGCAGUGUUUUACAGUGGGCUAUCAAACCUUAUCACAAUGUGGUGCGCCAGCAAGAAGGGACCCGUCUUUGUGGCUUCAUUUGCACCUCUGAGUUUGGUGUUCACGUCCAUCCUAGAAAUCAUAUUACUAGGCGAAGCCUUGCAUAUUGGAAGCAUUGUUGGAUCUAUCAUGAUCAUUGGAGGACUUUACAUUUACUUAUGGUCAAAAUCCAAAGAAGAAAUGCACCACUUAAUGGAGGGAGACGAUGCAUUCACCUCUUCCCUUAUAUAAAAUGAUAUAUCAUGACACUAUUACUUCUUUUAUGCACACAAAAUCACCUGUUCUUAUGGUAAACAGUCAAAAUUUAUAGUGAUAUUGUAAGCACUUACCCUCUGGUUUUGGUCAUUGCAAA